CUUUGGGACGCGGGACUCGUCGCCACCCCCAGACGGUCCAGCGCCAGCGCAGCCGGACUCUCCGCGCUCCGGGAUCUCGCCGCCGCCGCUCGCCCCCACGAAGGUCCAGGCUCGCUUGGAGCCGGAGGGACGGGGGGCUCGGCCACCGGCUGCGGCGAGUGCAGGGUCCCCGGGCCCGGGAGACGGGGGGGGGGGGGAGCCCUGCGGCGCGCUUCCCCUGCCGCGGGGGGUCCUUUGCGUUCAUGCAACGCCUGGUGACCUGGGACCCGGCAUGUCUCCCCCUGCAGCCCGCGGCCUUUAAAUCCAUGGAAGUGGCUAAUUUCUAUUACGAGGCGGACUGUCUGGCUGCUCUGAGCAAGCUGCACCCCCGGCCCGCCGGGGGCCGCUCCCUGACCGAGCUCAGCGUGGGGGACCACGAGCGGGCCAUCGACUUCAGCCCCUACCUGGACUUGGCAGCGCAGCAGCAGCAGCAGCAGCCGCCGCCUUCGUCCGCGGCACCAGGGGGCAACUUUGAGCCGGUUUGCAGCGGCGGCGGCAACAGCGGCGGCCAAGAUUUCCUCUCCGAUCUGUUCUCCGAGCAGGACUACAAAGGCGGCGGCGGGAAGAAGCACCCCGAGUACCCCUACAUCAGCCUGGCUCGGCACGGCCACCCCGCGGCCGUCGGGCAGGGCCCCAAGCCCGGGCCGCUGCUGGGCUGCUUCCCGCCGCAGAUGGUGGAGACCAAAGUGGAGCCGGUCUUCGAGCACCUGGACUCUUGCAAAGGGACCCGCAAGGAGGAAGCAACGGCGGGCGGCGGGGCCGGCCCGGGCCUGGGGGGCCUGUCCUCGCCCUACGGCAGCACGGCGCGCUCCUACCUGGGCUACCAGUCGGUGCCCAGCGGCAGCAGCGGCAACCUCUCCACCUCGUCGUCGUCCAGCCCGCCCGGCACCCCCAACCCCUCGGAUUCCUCGAAGUCGGCCGGAGGAGGCGGCGGAGGAGGAGGGAGCGGCGGCGUCGCCUACCCGGCCGGCAGCGGCAGCGGCGGGAAGCACAAGGCCAAGAAGUGCGUGGACAAGCACAGCGACGAGUACAAGCUGCGGCGGGAGCGCAACAACAUCGCCGUGCGCAAGAGCCGCGACAAGGCCAAGCUGCGCAACCUGGAGACGCAGCACAAGGUCCUCGAACUCACGGCCGAGAACGAGCGGCUGCAGAAGAAGGUGGAGCAGCUCUCGCGCGAGCUCAGCACCCUCCGGAACUUGUUCAAACAGCUGCCCGAGCCCCUCCUGGCCUCCACGGGACACUGCUAGCCCCCUGCCCCGGGUGGGCGCCGCUGGAACAGCCCCCCCGGGGGUCGGGGAAAGGGGGGGGCGGCUGGAGGCUUGGGGAAGACCGAGCGGUGGCGGGGAGGGGGACCUGGGAGCUGCUUCUCCCCCUCUGUGCGGGACGAGAUCAGGGGCGAGGGAGUCAUGCCUAGUGGGAAGAGCGUGCGCAUAAUCUACUCCCCCCCCGUUGCCUUUAAAGCGCUCUCUGAUGUUGGGGGGGAGGGGAGACAACCUCCCCAUCUCUUCCGCCUCUCGUUCUGUGCUGCACAACUCCUUCGGCUGGCGGGGGGAGUCUCUGCCGGCGGUGUCUUUUUACCUCUGCAAACCACAUGGAGGAACGGUUGUAUUCCCCACCCCCACCCCGCUUUCAGGUUGGUUGGUUUCCUAAACCAAUGUGACACUCAGCGAGACACUUAAAUCCUACGAUCUGGUACCUUUGCAGGAGGCGCGUGGGCGGAGGAGGUUCUUUUUAAUUUUUAUUUUUCCUUUUUUUUUUUUUGGUUGAAUGCAAGUGUUAUUUGUAAGAAAAGAGGAGAGAGAGAGAGAGUCCAGAGUGAUGCAAUCUUUUAAACAUGGCUGAGAAAGCUGGCUAACAUGAUGCAACUUCAUGUAACUGUCAGUCAUGGAUUGAGUAAUCUGUUAAAGAUGUUCCUAAAGUUUUAUUAUUAUUAUUAUUAUUACUAUAAAGAAUGAUCUAUUUCUAUAAAGCGGAAAAAGGCAUAUGUAUAUUUUGGGAUCUGUGCAUUCUUGCUACGUAUGAAGCAUUAAUGAACAAUUUUAAUAAAACUUUAUUGCUAGGAGGGGAAAAAA